AUGGUGGUCAACAACUCAAAGUACUCCAGUACGCGGUACCAGGAUCAGUCGUCACGAGAGUUCUUCAGCUUCGAGGAGGUGGUGUUGAAGGGCUUGGCCUCUGACGGAGGUCUAUUCCAUCCUCAUGCAGUGCCCAACGUCAGGUCGCAGUACUUGGAAUGGAAGGACCUUUCGUUCGCAGAUCUGGCCCACCGGGUCAUGAGGCUGUACAUCGAUGAAAGUGAGAUCUCCGACCCGGAGCUCAAGUCGAUAGUCGACCGCAGUUACUCGACGUUCAGACACCCCGACACAGUGCCGGUGGUGACGUUGGACGAGAGUAAAAAUCUGCACUUGUUGGAACUCUUUCAUGGGCCUACAUUCGCCUUCAAGGAUGUCGCGCUUCAAUUUCUCGGCAACCUGUUCGAGUUCUUCUUGGUGCGCAAGAACAAGCAUCUCGAGGCAGGGCACUCGCGACAUCACCUUACCGUGAUCGGCGCUACUUCCGGGGACACUGGCUCAGCGGCCAUCUACGGCCUUCGCGGGAAGAAGGAUGUCAGUAUCUUCAUCAUGUUCCCAGACGGCAAAGUCUCGCCGGUGCAGGAAGCUCAGAUGACCACCGUGUUGGAUCCCAACGUCCACUGUUUGAGCGUGCAGGGGACAUUCGACGACUGCCAGGACUACGUCAAAGCCUUGUUUGCCGACCCGGAGAUGAACAAGAUCCACCACCUGGCUGCCGUGAACUCGAUCAAUUGGGCACGGAUAUUGGCGCAGAUCACAUAUUACUUCUACGCGUACUUCCAACUCCUGAAGAGGCGUCCUGAGCUGAAGCAAGCCAAGUUUGUGGUGCCCACGGGCAACUUUGGUGAUAUCCUAGCUGGAUUCUAUGCCACGAGGAUGGGCCUCCCUGUCGCGAAGCUGGUCAUCGCGACCAACGAAAACGACAUCCUCCAUCGAUUCUGGCAGACGGGGUCGUACUCGAAGAAGCAAAAGCCCGCAACCGAGCCGCACGAGGGGAUCGAGGAAGACGGGGCGCAGGCGCAUGAAGAUGGAGUCAAGGAGACAUACAGUCCUGCUAUGGAUAUUUUGGUGUCGUCGAAUUUUGAAAGACUGCUCUGGCAUUUGACGCUGGAACAUGAGAUCGACCUCCACCCACACGUCAAGGUUGAGUCUUCGGUGAGGACUGCUGGAGGCAAGAUCAACCAAUGGUUCCAAGACCUGAAGCGGACUGGUUCCUUUACUGUGGAUGGGGAGAUCUUGGACAAGGCUCGAGAGAUCUUCGGUAGUUAUAGGGUCAGCAACGCCGAGACCCUGGAUGCUAUACGAGACUGCUACAGAGGCGAGGCGAUCUCGCUGAAAGGAUAUGUGCUGGAUCCUCACUCGGCGAUUGGCGUGGCGGCAAGCCUGCGAGAAAUCUCCCAAGCCGGCUCCUCAACAGACGUGCCAGUCGUGUCGCUCGCCACAGCCCAUCCAGCCAAGUUUGCUGGUGCCGUGGAAUUGGCUCUGCGGGAAGAAGCAAGCUUCGAUUUCAACCGGGUCUUGCCACAGGAGUUUGUGGGCCUAGACAGCAAGGAACGAAGGGUGUUGAAGGUAUCGGCCACAGAGGGAUUGCCUGGCAUCCGCGAGAUCAUUACUCGUGAGGUAGAAAAGGAAAAGGGAGCGGAAUGA